AUGACGAUCAAGUGUGACCUAGAAAAAAACAGAGUCGAAGAAUUGGACGAGCUCCUAUCGAUAAUUCAUCCCAAAAUUGUGCUGUACGUGGCUCAAGCUGACCCAAACUCUCCAGAGUACAGGCAAGAGUCCUUGGGUACUUACCACGAGCCGCAGUCGUUAAAGAAAGUGUUCACCAGCAACGACACCAUUUUUCAAAAAGGAUUGAAAAAUUCUAGAGAUGAGCUUUUUCAGCAAAUAGACAAUGUGUUAAAGUAUUCCGUGAACACCUGGAACCCUGGCUUUUUGGAUAAGUUGUAUGCCUCAACUAAUCCUAUUGGUGUGAUCAGUGAUAUCAUCUUGUCGGUACUUAACACGAACUCCCACGUAUACACUGUUUCCCCUGUUUUGUCAGUGCUCGAAAACUUCAUGGGAAAAAAAUAUGCUCGACUCUUUUGGGAGAAGAGUUCCACUGCUGGUGGCCUCACAUUCUCUGGAGGUUCGUGGUCCAACAUCACUGCCAUGCACAUGGCCAGAUCGCUCAAGUUCCCCGAGACGAAACUCGAAGGUAACAAUGGCCGUAAAUUUGCUGUGUUCACCUCGAAGCAUUGCCACUACUCUGUCGAGAAGGCUGCCAUUUUGCUUGGAAUGGGCCAAAGGAGUGUAUUCAAAGUCGACAUAAAUAAGGAUGGCACGUUGAAGCCCGACGCACUUGAUCUGGCCAUUGAAGCUGCUUUGAAAGACGGGUAUACGCCGUUUUUUAUCAACGCCACUGCAGGUACGACCGUUUUUGGGUCAUUUGAUGAUUUGGAGGCGAUUGGUCCCAUUGCCAAAAAGUACAACUUGUGGUUGCAUGUGGAUGGUUCAUGGGGAGGCAAUGUAGCUUUCUCGAAAACGCACCGCCAAAAAGUCCGUGGAGUAUGUAACGCUGACUCCGUGACCGUUAACCCACACAAGAUGUUGGGAACGCCCACCACUUGCUCCUUUCUACUCGUACGAGACGUGCGGAACUUCCAGACUGCAAAUUCUCUCAGCGCCCCAUACUUGUUUCAUGGAAGGGACAACGACGAAGAGAACCAUGAUUUAGCAGACGGAACCAUGGGAUGCGGCAGAAGGGCAGAUUCGUUCAAAUUCUACCUAUCUUGGUUGUACUAUGGAGAAGAAGGCUUGAAGGCUCGAGUGGACCAUGCGUUUGCCAUUGUGGACUACUUCAAAAAAAAGAUAUCAAGCGUUCCAGGAUUCGAGUUGGUGGUUGAAUCGCCUCAGUGCUUGCAGGUAUGCUUUUUCUACCGUCCGCCAGGUUACGACAAACAGACUUUGACAGAUGUCACCCGAUAUGUCUCGCGAGAGCUUCACAAGCAAGGCAAGUACCUUGUUGAUUUUUCUCCAGACACGUCUAAAGACACCAAGGGAGAGUUUUUCAGGGUUGUGUUCAACUCACCCAUCCUCACGGACAAGGUUGUGGACAAUUUGGUGGAGAACAUUGUUGCUAUCGGGAAGCAAUACAAGGCGAACCAAUAG